UCCUCUCGGAAAAAGUGAGCCAACGCGUCCCCCUCCCUUCGUUCCCUUGGGAAGCCGUCCUGCGUGUUCCCCUUUUCGCCUCCGCCGAUGACGACGAACUAAAAGCUACCGCGGAGUAGCAUUCAAACGGCGUUCCACAAUCGCCCGGGUAACAUCCACGCGAGAGGUCGGUCGUUAAUCGACCACGAGAUUCGAAUCCGUGUUUGUGCUGUGUGUUGCAUCUGUCAUCAUUUGUUGUUGGCGGGAAGUGUUCAGUUACUAUUGUAAAUCAUCGACGAUCGAUACAAACCCGAAUAAAGUAUCGCCACUGAAAACGGUACGAGCAUAUUGAGAAGUUCAGCUACACAUCGACAUGGAUUUACGACAAUUUCAGUGAAAAAAUUCAACUCUAUUUUGACGAACAUCCACGCCCCUGCAGGCGCAUCCCGACUCGUAAUACGCUUCGCGGAUCGACCAGCUUCUCUCAAUUGAUUUCCGACGUUAAUCAACGCGCUCGCAAUACAGCUAAAAUCAUCUACGACGUAAAUAAAAACUUUUCUCAUAUCUCCGUCCCACUUGCUCCGCAUACUGAGAACCAGCAGCCAUCCACCCAGGCAAGUUAGUUAGCCAGGCAGCAGCACCAGCAACUUCGGGUUAGUAGAAGUUGAGUCCGUAGUCGCGGCUACGAAAAGUCUCGCUACGUUGCCAGGUUUUAUUUUAGAGAUCAGAACCCGCGCUUCAACCUCCACGCGACAUAGAGACAAGCAACGUCGCAAGUGGGCAACGAGUCGCGGGAUCGCGGGAGGAGCAGCGCAGCAGCAGCAGCAGCAGCCAGGCAACCGAGCAACAGCGGCAGAAUCGGAAAGAAAGAAGAGAAGAAAAAAAAAAAAACGUAAAAGAGAAGAGAAAAAGGGAAAAAAACCGUCGAGGAAAGCAGCGACUCGCAAUCAGAAACUCGUGUCUUUUCUGUGCGCGCGCGCGCGCGCGAUAUUAUAUUCCGUUCGUCAAUUUUCACGUCUCGAUUUCCCGAAAUUUCACCGUGGCGAAGUUUCAUCGAUUCGAGAAAUUUCCCAGUUGAUAAUUUGUCUCUGUCUAUGUUUUUUUUCUUCUUCAAAUAAAGGGUGUUUUUUGAUGUGUCUACGAGUGCGUCGUAUCCAAACAAUAAUGAAAGAAAAUUUUCUGUGAAAAAAAGGGGAAAAACGAAAACCAAAUAAAUGACAAAAGUUGUUUUUUUUUUUUCUGAGUUGAAUAAAUUUCACCGACUAUUUGUGAAAAUUUGUUGAGUGUGAAGUUGUGAUAUUCGUUAAUCGGAAUCGUCGAAAGAAGCUAAUAUCAUCAAUUGUGACUGCGCGUCCCGCGAUACCCGCGUGAUAUGAGGCGGACAUUUUAAGUUAACAUUCUUUGUGAGAAAGAAUAAGGCGAGGAGAGAUAUAUAAUAUCGUGAGCGCGCGGAGUGCCGCGGGCUACUCAACACAAAGUCAUCUCUUGCCACCGAACGUGAAACCGAGGUGUAAAUCAUUGAUCGAGAGGGGUAACUCGGUGAAAUAAAACCGAAUCGCUCGUUAAACUCGCUUGACGCAACGCGACCGCUUCCCUCGAGUUUCACGGUGAAAAGUAGAAACGCGCUCGCUCGCCCGGCAACAGGCGGCGUCACGCCGCUGCCGCUGAAACACGCCAGCGCGAUAAAUAAAAAUAAUACACCGAACAACACACGUCGUCGUCGUCGCGGUAAAACCCCCCAAUAAUCGUGUGGAAAACCAGAGGUCAACUUUCCGUACGACAAACAUCGUUUCAGCGAAAAACGGAAAACGGGGCGAAGGAGCGAUCGAGGGUGAAAAAAGACCAAUAAUGAGCGCGCGCGUUUUGAAUCCAAUGCUCAUGACGGAAAUGUCUCGGGGACUCACCGGCGGAAGGGUUGUCCCGACUAAAGCCGAACUCGCGCCCGUUCGCAGGGACCUUUUCGGUCCUGUGGAUCACGCGGCCGCGCGAGCCCUUGCCGAACGCGAAUUGCGCGCCCAAUCGCGCCUGGACACGGAAAGAUGGGGUUUCGAUUUCCAACUGGAAUUGCCGCGAUGCGACGCUAGAUACGCGUGGGAAGUAGUCAGCCCCACGGACGUGGUUCCGGAGCCCUACGCCCUCAGAGGAAUGGGAUAUCUGAGAAAACAUGCUCCGGGAACGCCGCGAAAAAUGGCCAGUCACUCGUCACCGAAAUUACUGAGGACGAACGCGCGUUCGGCGACAGCGCUGGCCAAGGAUCAGCAAAUUUCGCAACGCGAGGAAACAUCGAGGAACGAAGAUACCGCGACCGAAGUGAGGGACGAUGAGAUCCUCACGCCGCGAAAAGCGGAAAUGACGCCGCCGCAGGAGCACAGGGUACCCGAUAUCGUCGGUACUCGUAACGGAGAAACUACCCCCGAAGAAGUACCACGGGAAACGAUGAGGGACGCUAUAUCCUUGAAACAAACGAUCGAGGAACCAACAACCCCUGUUUUACCUCAUAGUGCAAGGAAACAGUCUACCAUUACCGAUUACAUGAAGAGUCGCAAGCGAUCCUCAAAAGGUUCACCAAAAAGGAGCAUCAUCGAGCCUCCCGAAAAGAUGAGCCGUAACGCGGGUCAGAUACGCAGCUAAAAAAAUUAAUUGUAUUUUUAUAAUAAUUUUUGUUCGUUUUUUAAUUUUGUCUUUUUUUUUUUUUGUUCAAAUUUUUUUCUUUCGUUUUCUACGUUUACCUUUUUGUUCUAACGUCGUUUACUAGCUGUUGCUUUGGUUUUUCGAAUAACUUUCGAAAAUAUAUGAACAAAAAGAAAACAAGGGAUCAACCCACCUCCGAUCUACAGACACACCUUUACCUUAAUAUUAUAACAAUACGAUUUAUAUCAUGAAACAUUAAUAAUAGUAAUAAUUAUAUUAAUCAUAUUAUUAAUAACCAUACGAGUGUCGACGUACAAUUUCGUUUAGAUUUUAUAAUACAUAUAUAACAAUACAUAUUAUAUGGUACUUCGAUACGAUAAAAAAAAAAAAUUAAAGAAAAUGAAAUUUAUUACGAUAAUAAUGAUAAUAAUAAUGAUAAUAGUAGUAAUAUGAAAAUUUACGAUACAUACACGUCUACGAAAGAUUGUAUAUAUAACAUACAUAAUAUCUAUGUAUAUUAUAUACAUAACUUUCAUAUACUUAUACAUAUAACACGAGAAAGAAAAAAGAGAAAAAUGAAAAAAAAGUGAAAAAAAGAAACCCCAUGAGAAACUUUCGACUUUGAGCGAGGUUCUUUUUUGGCUGUGCCAUUAUUCACCGUAGGAACUAGAUGCGAAAAAAAGAGAUGAAUGAAAAAUGAAAAAAGUUCUUCGAUCGACGGAACAAGUAUAUAAAAUAACGAAAUUAGGUAUGUGCGUAAGUGCGUGAUGCUUACAUUAUACGGAAAUAUAUAAUAUUACUCGUAUUUGCAUAUAUUAAUCUUGUAUACAUAUUUAUAUGCACCGAAAGUAUAACAGGAGGGACGAAAAAAUGAAAAAUUCAAUACUGCAUAAGAUUAAAAAAGGAAGAAGAGAUAAAGAAAAGAAAAUUAACACCUAAUUCGAAUCACGGUUUUUGGUUUUGUACCUACGCACGGUUUGACAGAUAAAAAAAAUAGAAUGAAACCCCAGUUAUUAUCAUUUCAUCUUUCUUUGUUCCGAAAAUGGUCAUUAUGUUGUAUUUUUUCGAUUUGCUCUUUGACUAUUAUUAUUUUUAUUCUCAUUUCGUUUUUCCCAAAUAGGUGAAUCAAUAUCUAUAUACUAUAUUUGUACGUAUGUAUGUAAAUUUAGGAUAGAAAAUUCGGCAGUACGAUUGCCAAAAAAGAUUAAAAAAAAAUACCAACCAAGAGGUACACGAAAAAAGAAAGAAUGACCAUGGAUAAUCGAAAACACGACGAAUAAAUUUCAGUUGUAAAAUAUGAUUCGGAUAGGAUUAGGAAAAGUUUAUAACUUUCGUUCGAUAUGUAUCUAUGUUACAUAUAUUUAUGUAUAUGACACCAAAUGGCAUUUGAGUUUAAUUAGGUAGAAAAUUGUUGAUGUUUGCAGAUGCGAAAUAUCAGGAGAGGAAAUUGAGAAGAGAUUAGAAAGAUCAUUUCGUUUAAGAAUCGUACCAGUGGGCAGAUUAGAACAUCAAAUUUCUUACGUUAAAUUUUGGUCAUCGAUCGACACGAAGUUUGAUCUGUGACCAAAAAAUCUCAUAUUCAUUUUUUCCUGACGACGACAAAAUUCAAAUAAUCUCCGAAGAUUUUUUUUUUCUCUACGAUCGCGCUUGAUUCGAUGACGAUUCAAAUUAGAGCCUCGGAUUUGGCACGAGCGUGAGAAUGACUAGAUUAAAGGAUGAUCUUUAUAAAAAAAAUUCCGAUCGUAUAAUUAUUAAUUUUUAUUUCUGCUCUUCUCGUGAACCGUUUGGUUAUCUUUUGAUUUUCUCAUCUCUCUCUCCUCAUCCAGUCAAUAAUAAAUACAGCUUAACAAUUUUCUCACCGAAUCUUUGCGCCUUUAUAGGUAUGUAUAAUGUAAUUCUCAUAUGAAUAUGAUACAACAGUCAAAUCUCCCUAAUAAUAUUAUGAAAACAUC